ACUCUUCCCGUGUCAACAAUGUAAAUACAUACAUAUUUGUACACUUUUUGUAUAUCUACCUUUGCUAUUAUGUAUUAGUGUUUCAGGAUAAAAGUAUUUCAUAUUAAAACCAAAGUUUUUCCGAGUGAACUUCGACUAUGGUAAUUUUUGAAGAGAAUCAAGUGACUAAACAGCAAAAGUUCAACGCUGUACCUGUACGUGUAGAAACGUCGAGGGUUUCACUUGACGCUAACAGAAAGACUUCAUGGAUCCCGAGGACAGGUUGGACGAGGAUUUUAUGUUUUACCUCUCUGUGUCUGAGCGGAACUGGAAGAAUCUUAAGACUGAGGAAGAAAAGGAGCUGACCCAGGCGUGGCUGUACAAGCUGACGGCCGUUCAGAAGACGCGGGCGAACAAGCGAGACCGCAACGUGUACCUGUCGCAGCUGGCACUGGCCAUGGGUGACGGGGAACUCAGUGGGCCUUUCGUCAGCAGACCGCCAGAGGGCAACCUGCCCGCACCCUCAAGCGUCUUUGGCCCGCCGCAACCACAGAUAGAGGUUCCUCCAGAGUUCAAGAAAAUUGAUAAAACUGAAGAUCUCACCACUACGUAUAAAUCGAAAGACGGGCGAACGUACGUUGCAACAAAGUCACUGGGGAAGGAUCACGGUGCUUAUACCUACAUAGGGAUAUCACUUGCUGACAAAGAGCCGCUUUGGGUAGGAGGUGAUGCUCCGGCCGGCCCCUGUUAUGCUUUCGAGCGACACUUUGAGAAACCUCGAACUUUGUACUCUAAAUGCCGCCCGAGAUCUCCGGGUUCCAUUUUUACUAUGGAGAAGGAAGGAGGUAGUGGGGACAGCCCAGACGACACCAAGAUCUUCACCGACUACGUGACUGGUGCUCGAGUUCGAGAUGUCCAGAUGUCGGGGACGCACAGCGAAGGCUUCCGGCCGAGUUCACUGAAGAAGGGGUUCCGCCUGUCAGAGGUUGGAGCUCGGAAAUCUUGGCCGACAUCUGCAUAUAGAUCAAAAGACGGUGCAGAGAAAGCGAAGCGCGCCUCAGACUCUCAGGCAGAGAAAUUGGAACACACACUGGCGUCAGAACCGUGGGAAGGGCUGGACACCAUGUAUCCAUUGACAGAGGAAGGGGAUGUAUCAACAACAGAGCCACGACUGGAUCUAUCAGAAUUUUAUGACAGAAUGAUAACUAAUAUUGACAACUCAUUGAUUGGGCUAGAUGAGCUUAAUGAGUAUAACAAGGAAAAGGCAGAUGAAAUCAUGCAACUAUGUGAAAGAGAGAACAACCAAAUAGAUGAACUUGAGGCUUUAAACAGGAUGAAAGAAGCAUUAAUAAACAAGUUAAGCAGAGUGAAAAAUGAAGAAUCACGUGUCCAUGAUGAUAUACACAAAUUAGAAUAUGUGCAGUUAUCUGACACAGAAGAUAGUGUGAUUCAAGCAUGGAAAGCAGCCUGUAAGAACCAUGAUGAAAAAAAUUUACAGCUCCUUGAGGAAGUGUACAACACAAAAGUGAGAGAAAGAAUGGCGGAUAUGAUGACCGCCCUAAAAUUGCGUGCUGUGGAAGACAGGGGCGAACAUAUGAAGGAGGAGGCUGCAGCAGUAAGAGAAGACUUUAAACGCCAGAAAGAAACUAUAGAAAUAAAAACACAGGGUGCGGAAGAACUUAUGGAAAAAACGAACUUCGUGAUUGACCAGGCUGAAGCACUAAAGACUGCUGCGCCACGAGAUAAUAAUUAUUUCGAGGAGAGAAGAGAGUUGGCAGAGAAGUUAUUGGCUGAAGUCGAACAGCUGAUUCAUAUGUACCAUGUAGAAGAUGAUGCUUGCCGAAGUCUUGAGCACGAGAUAGCCAAUACAUCUGUUAACGUAUUCUCAAAUCCGGAGCUCAUGCAUCUUAUUGAAGAGAAUGACAGGCUUAAACAUGAUAUCGCAGAAAAGCAAGCCCAUUUGGGACACAAAUGAAAAAUUGAUGAGUGAGAAACAAGAAAAAAUUAGUAGUCAUCCACUGUUGUGAGUGUAACAUGAAGCUGUUGUUAAUUGUCUUUCGUGGGGUAUAACUUCCUAGUGCAGUGUAAAACAACAGUGAAUUUACUAGCACAUAACAAGUAGCAAAUGUUUAUUGUGUCUGCCCUUAUGAGGCAUUAAAUGUUCAAAGUUAGUGAAACAAA